AGCUGUUGUGUGGCCAGAGGUCCAGAAUGGCCAAACCAGGUCAUCUGUGGGAGGUGAGUCCUCAGACUCUGGAGGCCUCUGAAGUACAGAUGAGCAAAGCAACUGGACCUGCUCUGGAGGGUCUCUCCUGGAUCUGAGAGAGACGCAAAUGAGGUGAGAUGAGUCAUCAGAUCGGAGAGAUGAGGCAAAUUUCCCCAGGCCACGUGACCGAUGAUGACGAUGGUGAUUACAGCUGACAUUGAAGCACCUGCCUGUGCCAGGCACGCUCCAAACACUUCACAUACAUUAACCCUUAUCAUCUUAACGGCCACUGCUGAGAUAAGAGAGUCUACACACUGUGGAGGUCAAGAUGGUCCUGAGUGGGGCGCUGUGCUUCCGGAUGAAGGAUGCGGCCUUGAAGGUGCUUUAUCUGCAUGACAACCAGCUUCUAGCUGGAGGGCUGCAUGCAGGGAAGGUCAUCAAAGGCGAGGAGAUCAGUGUUGUUCCCAACCGGUCUCUGGAUGCCAAGCUGUCUCCAGUCAUCCUGGGAGUCCAGGGAGGGAGCCAGUGCCUGUCGUGUGGGACAGGGCAGGAACCAACUCUGAAACUAGAGCCAGUAAACAUCAUGGAACUCUACCUUGGUGCCAACGAAUCCAAGAGCUUCACCUUCUACCGGCGGGACACAGGGCUCACCUCCAGGUUUGAGUCAGCUGCCUACCCGGGCUGGUUCCUCUGCACGUUGCCUGAAGCAGACCGGCCUCUCACACUCACCCAGCUUUCAGAGGAUGCCAGCUGGGGAAACCCCAUCACAGACUUCUACUUCCAACAGUGUGAUUAGGGCAAUGUACCCCCCAGAACCUACCUGGUCAGAACUGGCUUAGGCAGGGGCGGAGGUGGAAGAAGACACUGGUGGCAACCAUCUCCCCAUCUGCUCUCAGGGCCCCACCUCUGGCUGGGCACUCAACCACUCUCCCUUUUGAUUCCCAGUUUGGAUAAAUCCUUUGAGAUUUGGGGGCUUAGUUCACAGUUUCUUCCCUGCUGAGUGAUGCUACUCAUGUAGAACCUUGCAAAAACCACUC